GCCAGGCACACUUCACUCAGCUGAUCAUUAUUGUAGCGUAUUUAUAUACUCCUAGUUAUUAUAUGCUUGAGAUGAUGAGGAUAACCCAUCAGCAGGUGCUCCAUUUUUUUCUCAAUUGCCUCCUGUUUGCAGCGCUUUUGCUCUCUAGCGCCUUGGACAACACCAUUUCCACUGCUCAAGCCAUGCGCCCCCUGCAUCAAUUUAAUUUCGGAAGAAACCCGCCGGAGCUUAUCAAUGGACACUUUCAUCAAGCUGCUUCAGUUAAAGAGAGGAAGUUGAUAGUUGGACCACCCUCCGGACCAAAUCCAGGACCCCCAAAUUCGAGACACGUUCUUCACACAACGCAGAAUGGAUCACCACCAGGCCCUUAAAGUCAAGGAUGAGAGCUCCGUUUACCUUGCUUGAUUUGAUUUGUUUGCCACCAUGAGUUGCAAAUUAGUUUGCAACUCAUAUAUACUGGCAUGCAUAAGACUUGUGGAAUAUAAAUAUUUUGGAGUAUAUCUUUGAAGUUUGGGUUCAUACCUUCAAUAACAAUGUGUUGAAUAAAUAUUCAAAAACAAAAAACAAUGUGUUGAAUAAUGAAAUAACAUAGUGUUGGAUAAUUUAAUAUUUGAUAAAUUAAUGCUGUUAUAAGUACAAAUAAAUUUCAAUCU